AUGCGGCAUAACUCUGGCUUUGGAUGGAAUUCUACAACAAAGUUCUUCACUGCAGAUGAUGAAAUUUGGAAAGAUUACUUUAAGUCUCAUCCUAGAGAUUCAAGCUUACAGACAGACCCUCAUCCAGACUAUGAAGAUCUGAAGAUUGCAGUUGGUAAUGGUACAACUAGAGGGACACACUCUAUUGCCAUAGAAGACGAUAUUAUAGAAGAGAAUAGAGAAAGUGGGAGCUUGCUAGAUGAUUUCACAUAUGAUCCCUCAAGUGAUGCUUUUAUUCCGUCAAGUACCCAAGAUCUCUUUCCUCCACUAUUUCCUGAGAACUCUUUCAUGCCAACCUCAACUCAACAACCAUGCUCGGAGCCCCGUCCACCUCCAAGAAAACGAGCUAAAACAUAUUCUCAAACUAAGGUUGCCUCUUUUGAUCCUAAAGAUACUCAAGAUCUCGUAGAAAAGCUUACAUCAAAUGUGGAAAAGUUUACUCGUGUCAUUGAAUCAAUUGACACAAAAGAGUACAACUGUUGGGAUCUGAUUAAGGAGAUUUCAGGCUAA